AUGUUCACGACGAUUUCGACGACGUUGAGAAGAACAUCGAGGAAGAACUUUUUUGUUGCGAGAACUUCUUUAUUUUCUUUUUCUUCUUCUUCGACGAAGAGGACGACGACGGUUUUAGAAACAGAUGAGAAAGAUGAGAAAGUUUUCCCCUACUUGAGAUUCGUGCGCGAAAAUGGUCUCGCCUUUCCAUCAUCAUCAUCCAAAGUUGGCGGUGAUAAUGGUGUCUCUGGUGAUGAUGGUAUCUCUGAUGGUGGCAAUACUAAUGAUGUUUUAAUUUCGAGACUGGUGAAAACCUUGGACGCGUUGAAGUACGCGUUGAUAUCUCCGGAAACGAAAGUUGGGAUGUUUCCUCUGAUGAUGCCGAUAGGUAUCUCUCCAGACGACGGGAACGCGAUUGGGUUUCUCUUGGAACCUUCAUUUUUAGCGGCAAAAGAAAAUAUUCAUAUCGGCGCAAUCGUGAAAGCGCGAGCGAAUCAGCGACAGAUUGAGUUCGUCGCGAAAGAUGCGACGACAUUUAUACGACGCGCGUUAUUGGAAGAAGAGGUGAACGCGCUGAAGAGAGGAGGUUUGAUGCCGGUGAGAGAUUCGAUUUUACGGUCGAGUUCUUCGUCGAGCGGUUUAUCGUCGUCGAACGCGGAACACGCGGAGCACGAUCGAGAGACGUUGGCGAGAUUGGCGGCGAGUAAGCACAUGUUAAACGCGUACACGACGCAAAACAUUGGGUCUUUUCCGGACGUGAUUGAGAGUUUGAUCUCUAGACACGAAUUUGUGAAAAAAGAUGAAACGAGCGCGUUGGUCGCGUGCGAGUUUUACAUCAACAGAGAAGAGUUUACGAAUAAAUGGGCGAGACCGUACGCGAUUAACGCGAGGACUUUGAGACGAUAUAAGAACAGGGAAAGUGAAGCGAGGGAUGCGGCGAGGAUAGCUUUGAGCGUGGCGCCGUGGUUUACCCUUGGUGGCGGGUACGGCGAGAGUGGCGUUAGCGGUAGUACAACGAGUAGAAAUAGUAGCAGCAUCGGCGGCAGCGGAGAUGAAGACGCGAUACUCCCGCCGUUAACUGGUGCGACUUUAGAGGAUAUGAAAAAGUUAGUAAACAUGGAGAAUAUGGACGCGAAGUCCGCAAAGAACAUGUUAGAAGGCGUAGGAACUGAAAUAGCGAAAGAACACGAGAAAAACGUGCCGGAGAUGAGCGAGGAGGCGAAAGCGCUGAAGAGAUGUUUUGAUGUUCUCGAUUACGCGAGUUGGGGCAACGAGGAAGGGUACGAAAGUUGGGACAACAUUCGAGAAGAGUUGAGCGAAUCCUACGAGAAAGCUGGGAUGAAACGGUUCGCCGAGAUUGUGAAACCAAGUGGGGGGGUAAUGAAUUGA